GGUUCGCGUCCCUCCGCGGAUCCCAGGCCUGCGGGAGGGGGCGGGGGGGGUGGGUACAACCUGCUGAGUCUGCGUCCCCCGGGGCGGGGUGCGGUGACGCCGUGCUGGCAUCAUGGCGGCAGCCGACGAGCUCCCCUUCCACGGUGAGUGUGGGGAUGCCCCGCGACAGUGCUGCUUCCGACUGAGCUGCGACCCCCGGGAAGGGCGACCCGUGACCCCCCGGUUUGGGGCGCCGAGAGUGACACCCCCCCCCGCCGGGGAAGGGCCGCAGGUGGCUCGAUCGGGCUCCCCCCCGCCCACCCCCGGAGAGCAGUCGGGGUCGGACCCCACCCCCAGGCCGCCCGGGCCCCGCCGCCCUUUCUUCUUCCUGGGGGACGGGGGCGGGCGGGGGGCAGACAGACCACCACGAUCGCGUGAUCGGGCCCCGUGUCACACCCGGGGAGCCCGCCCUGCCCCAUGACUCGUUUCGCUAGAGUUGAAGGACACCGACGGUCUGUUGGCCGAGACCCCCGAGGCGGCGUCCAGCGGCGGCGGGAGCGACCAGCCGGCCCCACACGGAGCCCCGCAUGUGGCGGUGACCACGGGCCCCGACCAGGAGGAGCGGGAGGACGGCGACGACGACAUGGCGGUGAGGCGCCGGGCCGGGCCCCCCAGGCCUGGGCUGAGCUGAGCUGGAGGCAGGCAGACAUGAGGGCUGGCUCGUCCCAACUCCCGCAGGCGGAGAGGCAGCAGCCUGGAUUCUGGACCUUUGAGUAUUAUCAGAGCUUCUUCGACGUGGACACCUCUCAGGUACUGGACAGGAUCAAAGGUUCCCUGCUCCCUCGGCCUGGCCACAGCUUCCUGAGACAUUGCCUACGGCACCGGCCGGAUCUCUAUGGUCCUUUCUGGAUCUGCGCCUCGCUCACCUUCGCCCUGGCCAUCUCGGGGAACCUCAGCCUCCUCCUGGCCCAGCGCAGGGACCCCUCCCUUCACUACACCCCCCAGUUCCACAAGGUGACAGCGGCCGGCAUCACUGUCUACUGCUACGUGAGCCUGGUGCCCCUGGCACUGUGGGGCUUCCUGCGGUGGCAUGGGGGAGCCCGGGGACGCCCCCGCCGGCCGCUCGGCUUCCUGGAGACCGUGUGCCUGUACGGCUACUCGCUGUCGCCUUUUGUCCCCGCGGCGGUGCUGUGGUUCGUGCCCGUGGCCUGGCUGCACUGGCUCUUGGGGGGCCUGGCCCUGGGGCUGUCGGCCGCCGGCCUGGUCAUGGCCCUGUGGCCGCUGCUCCGGGGGGACCCACGGGUGAUGGUCGCCGCGCUGCUCUCCACCGUGCUGCUGCUGCAUAGCCUUCUGGCCUUGGGUUGCGAGUUGUACUUCUUCCAGCCGCUGCCACCAGUUCCCCCGGCCCCACUCACCACAGCCCUGCCCCCCGGAUCUCAGCUGCCGGCCGGCACCCCCAGGACCACGGGCACCUAGGACCACCCUGAGUGGGGGGUCCUCUCUCCCCGCCCCCUCUGUUUGUAGACCUGUCUUACAAAAGCCAACACUUUUUAUUUUUCUAUGCAAAGGUGAUUCCAAGAAUUCAUAUAAAGGGGGUGGGGUGGGUCCGGGAUGGGG